CGUGGCCGGCGCUGGCCGAGCGGAGGGAGGCGGGUGCGAGAGCGCGCGCUGCGGAGGGUUGGCCGUGCCAGCAGGCGGUCAGAGGCGGCGGGACAGGGCAGCGCGCGCGCGGAGGGGCGCUGAUGGUGCGGCCUCAUGUCUAAGACGCUGCGGAGGAAGCGGCACUGGCUGAGCAAGGUGCAAGAGUGCGCCGUGUCCUGGGCGGGCGGCUCCGGACCGAGCCCCGACUGGCUGCGGGGCGGUGCCGAACGCGGCGAGUUCCCCUACCUCGGGGCCCGCCUGCCGACGCUGGCCGACCCGGGCGGGGGGACCAGCCCCGUGCUGCUCUCGGGGAAGCCCCCGAGCCCCGGCGACGUGCUGCUGGAGGUGAACGGCACCCCCGUCAGCGGCCUCACCCACCGAGACACCCUGGCCGUCAUCCGCCACUUCAGGGAGCCCGUGCGCCUCAAGACCGUGCGCCCAGGGAAAGUAAUCAACAAAGAUCUGCGUCACUACCUAAGCCUGCAGUUCCAGAAAGGCUCAAUAGAUCAUAAACUACAACAAGUGAUCAGAGAUAAUCUAUACUUGAGGACCAUCCCUUGUACUACAAGAGCUCCACGAGAUGGGGAGGUUCCUGGGGUAGACUAUAAUUUCAUUCCAGUUGAGCAAUUUAAGGCAUUAGAAGAAAGUGGAGCCCUGCUAGAAAGUGGAACAUAUGAUGGUAAUUUCUAUGGUACUCCCAAACCUCCGGCUGAGCCCAGUCCAUUUCAGCCUGAUCCAGUGGACCAAGUGCUUUUUGAUAAUGAUUUUGACCCAGAAUCUCAAAGGAAAAGAACCACAUCAGUCAGCAAGAUGGAGAAAAUGGAUAGCUCCCUUCCUGAAGAAGAAGAGGAAGAAGAAAAGGAAGCAGUUAAUGGUGGUGGAGGCACAGAAAACAAAGAAAGACAUUUAGAUUCCUCUGACUGGAUGAAACCAGUACCUAGUUACAAUCAAACAAGCAGUUCCAUGGAUUUCAGAAACUAUUUAUCAAGGGAAGAAAAUCUAGAGCCUCUGCCUAAAAACUGGGAAAUGGCCUACACAGACACAGGGAUGAUCUAUUUUAUUGAUCAUAACACCAAAACCACCACCUGGCUGGAUCCUCGUCUUUGUAAAAAAGCAAAAGCUCCUGAAGACUGUGAAGAUGGAGAACUUCCGUAUGGUUGGGAAAAAAUAGAAGACCCGCAAUAUGGAACAUACUAUGUUGAUCACAUAAACCAGAAAACCCAGUUUGAAAAUCCAGUUUUGGAAGCCAAACGGAAAAAACAGCUGGGACAAACUGAUGGAGGUCCUCCAAUCGCAGAACCAAUGAAAUCUUUCUUUACCCGAGACCCAUCUCAGUUAAUAGGAGCACUUAUACGGACAUCACUGAAAAAAAGCACAAUGGGAUUUGGCUUUACAAUAAUUGGUGGAGACAGGCCAGAUGAGUUCCUCCAGGUAAAGAAUGUUUUGAAAGAUGGACCUGCUGCACAAGAUGGCAAAAUUGCAUCAGGAGAUGUCAUUGUAGACAUAAAUGGUACAUGUGUCCUUGGCCACACCCAUGCUGAUGUUGUCCAGAUGUUUCAGUUAGUUCCUGUCAACCAGUAUGUGAAUAUGACUUUGUGUCGUGGAUACCCACUUCCUGAUGAAAAUGAGGACCGUGUUGUAGACAUUGUUACUGCUACUCCCGUCUUAAAUGGUCAACCAAUACCAAAAGGAGAUACCUGCAUUAUCAAUCAAGAGUUAAUACCUGGAACAGUGGUUUUGGACCAGAAUGGAAAACCAGGACAUAUUUUAGUCAAUGGUCGUCUGAAUGGCCCUUCAACAGACCUUGGUGAACAGAGGGCAUCAGUAUCUUCUUCAGGAUGCUCUCAGGCAGAACUGGUUACAAUUCCUCUAAUCAAGGGCCCUAAAGGGUUUGGAUUUGCAAUAGCUGACAGCCCUGCAGGGCAGAAGGUGAAGAUGAUUUUAGACAGCCAGUGGUGCCAUGGUCUUCAGAAAGGAGAUAUUGUUAAAGAGAUUUAUCAUCAGAAUGUGCAGAACUUGACACAUCUCCAGGUGGUAGAAGUGCUAAAGCAAUUCCCGAUUGGAGCAGAAGUCCCACUUCUUAUCUUAAGGGGAGGCCCUUCCUCACCUGCUAAAUCUUCUAAUGUUGCGCAUAUUGAUAAUAAAACAGAGGAAACUUCUGUAGGAAGUCAAGAGGCCAUCAGUGAUUCAGUUCCGCAGCCCAUGCCUUUUCCACCCAUUGCUGUAAGGUCAGCUUCCCCAAAGCUAGACCCUUCAGAAGUCUAUCUGAAGUCUAAAAUAUUAUUUGAAGAUAAACCUCCAAACACAAAGGAUUUGGAUGUUUUCCUAAGAAAACAAGAGUCUGGUUUUGGCUUUCGGGUUCUUGGAGGAGAUGGACCUGAUCAGUCUAUCUACAUUGGAGCUAUCAUCCCACUGGGAGCAGCAGAGAAAGAUGGCAGACUUCGUGCAGCUGAUGAGCUUGUAUGCAUUGAUGGCAUCACGGUCAAAGGGAAAUCACAUAAACAAGUUUUGGACUUAAUGACAAGUGCUGCACGAAACGGCCAGGUGCUACUGACUGUCCGCAGAAAGGUCUUCUUUGGUGCAGAUAAACUAUCAGAAGAAGAGUCUUCAUCCCAAGUUCCCAUCUCCUCCCAGAAUGGCUCUCCCAGGAUAAAUCGAGCAGAUCUAGCCAGGCAGUUCCCAGAGGCCUAUGACAUUGUACUGCAACGGAAGGAGAAUGAAGGAUUUGGCUUUGUAAUCCUUACUUCAAAAAACAAGCCACCACCUGGUGUGAUUCCUCAUAAGAUUGGCCGUGUCAUUGAAGGGAGCCCAGCUGAUCAGUGUGGGAAACUGAAGGUGGGAGACCGAAUCUCAGCAGUGAAUGGGCAGUCAAUUGUAGACCUCUCACAUGAAAAUAUUGUGCAGCUGAUAAAAGAAGCAGGAAACACUGUCACACUCACUGUCAUUGCUGAGGAAGAGCACCGUGGUCCCCCUUCGGGAACAAAUUCUGCCAAACAAAGUCCAGCCCUUCAGCACCGACCAGUAGGAACAGGACUAGUCAGCUCUGUGACCACAGAGAGAGGUACUACAGAAGCUGAUCUUGGAAAAGAACAAAGCAACUGCUACAGGCAUUUCUCACCAUCAGAAAUCAGUGCAGCAUCUACCAUAGGAAGCAAACAUUCUCAGAAUCCUGGCUGUUAUCCCGUAGAGCUGGAGCGAGGUCCUCGAGGUUUUGGAUUCAGCCUUCGUGGAGGGAAGGAGUAUAACAUGGGGCUGUUCAUUCUCCGACUAGCUGAAGAUGGCGCAGCCAUCAAAGAUGGGAGAAUUCAUAAGGAGACAUCUCCACAAUCCAGCUCUGUCAGACCUUCAGAACGGGUUGGUGACCAGAUUGUUGAAAUCAAUGGGGAACCAACCCAAGGAAUCACCCAUACAAGAGCCAUUGAAUUGAUUCAGUCUGGAGGAAAUAAAGUUCUCCUCCUUUUGCGACCAGGAACUGGCUUAAUACCAGAUCACGGUGAUCUGGAUAGUUUUAAUCCAACAUCCUCAAGUAUGACACAUGGUGAUCAGACACCACUUCCCUCAUCCUCACAUUCUGCUUCCACAUCUGAAGUAUCUCAUUUGCCAGGAUCAGAAGACACUUUAAUGAAAAUUCAGAUGUCUGAGAAACUGGAAGAACUGAAGAACACUGUGCCUGAAAAGAAAAGCACUUUAAUGGAAAACCACUUGGAGAUGGAGAAUACAACCUCUACACAAAGGAACGUGAAUCAGCAGGACCUCUCCUCCAGCCUAGGUAAUGAGGUGGCACAUAGUAAUGCACAGUUAGCAAAGGGCAAGGCAACCGGCAGAGGUAGAUCAACCAGCAGAGGCAGAUCAGCUAGUCCAAAAAAGUUAAGCAAUAGUACUUCCAGAGACCAACAUCAAGUACGAAGCAUCAGCCCUAGGAGGCGUGAACCUAAAAAACACCACAAGGGGUGCUCAGACCAACCAGAGAGUCCCAGAAGACACAUAGGAAAGCACCCAGGAAAAUCUGAGAAUGAAACUAUUGGAAGAGGCCUUGCCCCAGAAAAGAGAGGAAGAUCUGCCAGUCCCCACAAACAUCCAAAGAGUGAGAGAAGCAGAGACAAAGUAAAUGUGGAACAAGUGUUACCAGAACUUCAAAGCAGAAUACCUGCUAAUGAUAGAACCUCAAUUAUACCACCAAAAGAUGAAAAAGCUCUAUUGGGAGAGUGGGGAGCUGUGAAGGAAAACAAAAAUAUAAAUAUAUCUACAAAGGAUGAGAAUUAUCCUUCAGGUGCUGCACAUACCAAGUCAGCAAAGCAAUCUCUCCCACUUUCCAAGGGUAAUCAGUUUAGGAAGAAAAGGUUGGAAGAUGAAAAAACGAAGCCAAGCUUUGAAGAGUUAAACUCUAACCGGUUCCAGAUGGCAGGUCUUUUUGACAAUUUAACACUUUCUGGGGAUAAAAACACUAGACUUGAUGCAGAAAAGCCUCUGAAUAAAUUCAGAGACAAUGACUUGGAGCCAGCUGACAAAACCAAAGAGGAUGGAAUUUCCAAAUCUGAGAUUAGAUCUCCAGUGAAGAAAACAAUAACUCCUGGACCUUGGAAAGUACCAAGUACAAGUAAAGUCACAGAAGCAGUGAGUGUGGCUGACAAACGGGUUUGACUGACAAAACUUUUUUAGAGCAUAUUUUAAUUAGGUUUCUAAUGCCGUCAGUUUGUUUUCACAAAACUAUUGUUUUUCAGACACUGUGAUUGACCAAAUGAAAAGUACAUUUGAUUUGAUCUGAUCUAAUUAGACUGCAUGAAGGACCUUUUGGAUUGCAUAUAAGAAACUCUCUUCAAAAGCUGCUGUCCUUUUGUCCCUUUUAAAGGUUGUGUCCUGCUGCUCCUGACGUUGCACUGCUAAGGCUUUCUGAUAGUAUUGUGAGUUAAUGAACAAAAUUAUUUAAUGCCUAUUAUCAGUGUAAUCAUAACUCAGUAAUCGUUAUUGUGCCAAGUUAUCUACUGUAUCCUGUUGAAUCUUCUCCUGCAUUUUUCACUGCCACAGAAAAGGAAGAUUUUGUUUCAAGAGAAGUAUUUACUCAGGCAUGCUGCAUGUUUACAUAAGGGAUAUUUCUGAGUUCUCACUGCUUAAGCAAGAAGUUGGGUGGGCUGGUUCUCUGGGCUCUUUGGAAUCAGGGAGCAAACACACCCCAGUAGCUUUUUUUCACAAAUCUUUGUCCUCAAAACCAUUAUAUAGCAACAAAGCAAGUUUGAGCAAGAAGUGCCACAUUCUGCAUACUUAAUAUUUUCAUUUUACUUUAUAAUACCCAUUUUGAUUCAAUUGUUGAUGCCAACUUCAACACAUUAUGCAAAUUACAACCUGAAAAUUAAGCAGCAGUUUUAAAAUCACAAUGAAAUUCCAUUAAUUUCACUGAGACUACUUUGAAGUAUGUGGCUUCAGGGUUGCCAUCACUAAAUUAUGUGCGUUUGUGGGGGUUGUUUGAACAAACAUUUUUAACAUUAGAAAUUAAAUAUGCAGAAUGUGCAUAUGCUUCCAGGCUUAUUAACAUGCUGUGUGUCAGAAUUUCCUGUUGUCUGGAUCCCCUCCCCCCCAAAAUGCUGGUUAAACACAUGAAAAUUUCACCUAAACGUUGAAGAUCUUAAGUCACAGCAAGCUAAGUGAACCAGAACCAAUCCAUCAACAUCAACUUCUUAGAAAUUGUCCUUUCUUGUGCCUAUUAAUAGAACCCUGUUCUAUUUUACUUUCCCCAUUUGUAUGUAUAUUAUUUUAACUUUUCAAUGGAGUCUUUUGUUUAGCAUGUGUGCAAAUGUUAAUAUUGAGGGAUGUUAACAAUGAAGCACCUUUGCAUCUUGGUCAUGUAGUUAAUUGGAGGUGUCAACCUGUAAAGGAAGAGCCUUUGGGUUUUUCAGUGUUGUUGUAAUGGUUUGCUUGCCUUUGAAUGAGAUUGGGUAAUAGGAGUUCUUUAGUUUGACACAGAUCAGUAAAGCAGAAAGGAAGGUAGUUUUGCUAUGUGAACGCUUAGAUGAUCCAUAAAUAAAACGUUUUAAUUUUUUGCCAGUUAUAGAAAAAUAAACAUUAUAGAUAACCAUAGGAAACAAAUGAGUUUUGUUUAUAAUACACCAAGAAGUUGGGUAAAUGAUUUGAUUUCCCCUUUCUUCCUUCAUCAUGUUGUCUAUUUCAGCUAAUCUUUUUAUAAUCAGCUUAUUUAUCUUAUUCUUUUCCCUUUCUUCCCUUUUUCCCCCCAUCCUACUUUUCUUCUUCACCCUUCAGUUAUUUCUCUCUCCACACCCCCAAUCCCCAGCUUUUGGGGCUGCUUAGCCCUGCUCUGUGCACAGGUGAUUCUUAGAGAAACCUGUAGGCUGUCUAGCAGAGCGCUGCUUGGGAUGUUCAGGUUCAUUUUAUAUCCUGUCAUGGCUUCUGUUAACCUGCAUUGUAGAUUUGGUAGUGCUUCAGGCACUCCAUGAAAAAAGUCAGAACUUGCUCCCAGUAGAUAGCCAGCAUUGCAGCAAUACAUUAAAUAUAUUGCAGGUACUUUUCUGAUGUUGUCUGUAUGAACCCUAAUGCUGAGUGAGACUUUUGCUUCCUCUUCUUCUCCCCCAGAUACACAAAACAGGGAAAGAUGUGUCUGUACCUGCUAUUUACACAGCUGUUCAAUCAGAAAAUAGGUGAAAGGUUACUCUUUCCUUCACAUCAUGACUUAUCAUUCCAAGAACAUUUUACAUUCUUUUUUCUUUCAGUGGCCAACGUAUUCAAUAAUUUGUCUCUUUUUUUUCUUUGUGGUAAAAUCAUGUACACCAGAACACUGGGUAAUCAAUUUUACCACUCUGUUGAUUUGCGUAGGAACCAGGGUAAACAGCUGCAACUGGGAGUUUUUCUUCUUUGCAGGCAGCCUCCCCACUGCCAUUAUAUGUUUCUAGAUAUAUCACUUCUGUUGCUGGAUCAGGUCAGCUGCCUCAGUUAUACCAGCAGGGAAGCACUCCCGUCACUUUGCAGGAAUUUUUGUCUGUACCAUAUCCAGCUCCUUGCUCAGGCUUUUAAUUUCUCUAUAUGUUCUUUUAUCACAGUACUUUCCCUUCUGCAUGAGCCUGUCAUAGAGAGUGACUAAAGCCGGUACUGGUUGCUAGCAACUGUAGGCAAUGCUGAGAGCUUUAGAGAUAUUGUUUCUUUUGGAAAUAUUGCUUUUGGAGGAAUUAAAGGCAUGGUGUGCACGUCUUUCCUUCCUUGCUCAGCCUGAAUACUAGUGCAAUGGCCAGUGGAAUGGCCCAGCCUUCCAGGACGCUAGCAAUUCUAUGAAUGAUCUGGAUGUGAGCACAAGGAAGUGAAGCUCCUGUGAUCCCAAAUGGGGCAUGAUUUCAGGAUCGAGCUCAGGAACUUUCUGAUAGAAGAGGUAUCUGUUGUCAAGAUAACGUGAAGUUGUUACUGAGUUUCACUUGCUGUUCCGUUGAGAUGACUGUGCCAUUACAACUUAACCGGAAACAAUCAACAUAAAUGACACCUGGCUUGCCACCUACAACUCAUCUGCUCAAGGCUUUAAUCUUCUUAGAGAAAAUGGUUGCUGACUGUUCCUUUCCUUACUAAUCUUCUUCCAGACGGAUCGUCACAAAAGAUCACAUUGAGAGACUGAACUGUGGAACGAUUACAGCAACUGCAGCCAAAGCUUCAGCACAGAGCCUAUUGGCCAGCAGCAGUCAUAGGAGAGAAGAUGUUCACUGCUGGAAAAGGAAAGGGGCAUUCUGGGCAGUCUUGUACUUAGAGGUGCUGCCUCCUUUGACAGUUAGGACCAUCUACUAGUGUGAUAACAGAUAUUUAAAUCAUGCUGAAACAUCUGUUCACCUUUUUAAAAACUUGAAUAAAUUGUAUGUUCAUUAGCUGUAUGAAUUUACAAAUCCCCUAGAGAUCCUCAGCAGGGCUUUUUUCUCUGUUUGAAUUGUAGUCCCCCCCCCCCCCCUCACACACAUAUACCGCAUAUCAGAAUAGUUUCUAACCUGCUCUCAGCUUGAAAAGCACCUUUUUGUAAUUUGUCUUAAAUGGAAGUGGAAAGGAAGAUAAAAGCCCCAUUGGCUGGGCAUAUUUGUGGAGGCAAGUUACUGAGACAAAAUUAAUUGCUUCUGAACAAGCGUUACUAGCUAUUUAAGAAACAAAAACAUUUCUGGUUAAACUGUUUUUAAAAUAGUUUUUUUAAUGUGUCAUUUGAUCUUGUUUAAAAAUUCAAGUUGCUGUAGGAAGUAUGUGCAAAUAUUGUAGAAUAUUACUGUGAAAAUACUUAAUAUUUGAGUUAAGCUGUGUAGAUUAAUAUCUUGAUAAAUGUCAUGAAUCCUUUCAGUAAGAUUAUCUCCACUCAAACACAGAAUAUAGCAUUGAAUUAAAACUUGAGAAGUAUCCGGAUGUCCUAGUGAAACUGAAAUGGUUCCUUUCCCCUUUACACAGCAAGUAAUCAUCACCCAGAUGCUACUCUACCAUCUAAUGGUGUGACAUAAUUGGUUGUCCUCUGUUUAAUGUGAACCCUCCUAGUCAGAGACUCUGUAUCUGUACUUAUCUGCAUAAAAUGACUUCGCAAUGUGGCCUUGGAAUGCUGAGAAACCUAUGGUUGUACUGGAUGUAAAUGUUUAUAUAUUGUACAGCACCUUUAUAUAUACUUCUGAGGUUCUGACUAGAAAGACCUGUAAAUUGAUCAUUAUUUUUUAUAUAGAUACAUUAAAGAGAGACUUUAGUUCA